GGAUAGAGGAGGCACUUGAUAAAUAUUAGGUUUCUUUCUUGUCCUUUCCUUAUGUGUCAGCUUUCUUCUAGAUACUUCCAUUUCUCUCAACAAUAGGCACAACCAAGUCAGAUGUGUGUAGAUAUUUCCUGGUAAGCCAGGCACUACUUGAGUUCAGUAAGGGAAGCUGGAGCUCUGUCUGAAGAAGUCCCUCUCCAUGGUGGUUGAACAGCCCUCUGAGGAAGAGAGGCAGAAGGAAACUGAAGAAGCAGCUUCCACAAGGCACACGUGAUCUAGGUUUCAUGCCCUGGAGACAAAGUGUGACCUGGAGACAGAGAAGGGGACAUCCUCCUUAUUUCUGCACAAAAUGUAGAAUUGCCCUGACCCAGCGACAACUCCAAGGAUUUUGAGUCUUCUUUGGCACCUUGAAAGUUACAGCUUUGAGAGUUUGGAAAGCUCGACUUGGUCCAAAUGUCAUCAUCCCUUUGGUGGGCACCAGCAGUUGGAUAACCUGUGAGGCACAGCCUUUAAGGAACUUUGCGGGCUCUGUACACUGACAAAGGGAGUCAAAGCAGAAGAGCACAGGAGUACUUUUCAUGAGUGCCUGUGAGUCUUCCCUGGAGACUUAUGCAAGGAAGGAAUAUUUUUGCAAGAUACUGUAAUAAACAGGUGGGAGAAAGCCAGAGAAAUGAAGACUUUUGCCUUUAAUGUGAUCCUAUUUGCAUUUCCUGCUGGGUCAGUUGUGGUGAAAAAGAAGUUGAAAGAAAGAAACCACCUCCUUACAAGUUGGAGAUGCAGUGGGCCCCUGAUGAUGGAGGAUUCUGAGCGCUGAAAAUCCGAUAAGCAUUGAUUGAGUGUCUCACUGUGCCAGGCUCGGCACUAGGAACGUAAAAAUUAUAAGACAGAAUCUUUGUCACUGUGCAGCUAAUAGUCUAAUGGAAGAAAGAGGCUUAUAAAUGAUUAUUGCACAGACUACUUUGGGAUCAUAAAUUAGGAAUAGGCAAGUCAAGAGGCUGAAAUUUCUGAAGAAUGUUUCCAAAGGGUGAUCUGGCUGUGACUCACUGGGUAUGGAGGAGUGUGAGGAAGCUGUUCCUGUUGCUUUCUCUCCUGUUGUCCCAUGCAGCUCAUCUGGAAGGCAAGAAGGAUAAUCAGUUCAUCUGGAAACCAGGUCCCUGGGGGAGGUGCACGGGAGACUGCGGGCCAGGAGGAGUGCAGAGCCGGGCUGUGUGGUGCUUCCACGUGGAAGGGCGGACAGGCCAGCCGUCCAACUGUGAUGAAAGCGAUAGACCGCCAAAGGAAAGAAGUUGUUUCCGAGUCUGUGACUGGCACGGUGACCUCUUCCACUGGGAGCUCUCUGAUUGGCACCACUGUGUGCUCGUUCCUUCCGCCCACGGCGACGUCAGGCCUCGGGCCGCCGAGUGCGUGACGGCUCAGCAUGGACUCCAGCACCGGGCGGUGCGCUGCACCCAGAAGCUGAACAGAACCGUGGUCGCGAAUGAAAUAUGUGAACAUUUUGCCCCUCAGCCUCCCUCAGAACAAGCUUGCCUCGUUCCUUGCCCCCGGGAUUGUGUUGUAUCUGAGUUCUCACCAUGGUCCCAGUGUGGCAAGGGAUGCGGGAAGAAACUGCAGCACAGAACUCGCGCGGCCAUUGCGCCUCCUCUCUAUGGCGGGUUGCAGUGUCCGAAUCUGACUGAGUCAAGAGCCUGUGAUGCGCCCAUUUCCUGUCCUCUUGGGGACGAGGAAUACACUUUUAGCCUUAAAGUGGGACCGUGGAGUCCAUGCAGACUGCCUCAUCUUAAAGAAAUUAAUCUCAGCGGAAGAACUGUUCUGGAGUUUAGCUCUGAUUCAAAGGAACGCGUCACCUUUAGGCAUCAAGGUUACAAGCCACAUCACCAUUCCAAUCCGUGGGACAUAGAGAUAGGUUAUCAAACCCGGCAGGUUUGGUGUACAAGAAGUGAUGGGAAAAAUGCCGUGUUAAGCCUUUGCAUGCAAGACUCCUUCCCUUUGACUGUUCAGUCCUGCAUCAUGCCGAAAGACUGUGAAACCACCGAGUGGUCCUCCUGGAGCCCCUGCUCCAAGACAUGUCGUUCAGGGAGUCUUUCCCCAGGAUUUAGGAGCAGGAGCCGGAAUGUGAAGCGCAUUGCUAUUGGAGGUGGAAAGGAAUGUCCUGAACUUCUUGAGAAAGAAGCCUGCGUUGUCGAGGGAGAGCUUUUGCAGCCAUGUCCCAGAUAUUCCUGGAGGACCUCUGAGUGGAAAGAAUGCCAAGUCUCUCUCCUGCUGGAGCAGCAGGACCCCCACUGGCAGGCAGCGGGACCCGUCUGUGGCGGUGGGAUCCAGACCCGGGAGGUGUACUGCUCCCAGAGCACAGUGGCGUCCACGACACAGAGGGCCAAGGAAGUCUCUAGACCUGUGGAAAAGACAUUAUGCGUGGGACUCGCCCCUUCACCCUCCCAGCUCUGCAAUAUCCCUUGUUCCACAGACUGCAUAGUAUCUUCCUGGUCAGCCUGGGGCCUGUGCAUCCAUGAAAACUGCCGCGAUCCUCAGGGGAGAAAAGGAUUUAGAACAAGGCAGCGUCAUGUCCUUGUGGAAUCCACACAGCCUGACGGACGUUGCCCUCAUUUGAUGGAAUCUGUUCCUUGUGAGGAUCCAAUGUGUUACCGAUGGCUGGCAACUGAAGGGAUCUGUAUCCCUGAUCAUGGAAAGUGUGGCCUGGGACAUCGUAUCCUGAAAGCCGUCUGCAAGAAUGAGCGAGGAGAAGACGUAUCAGGGAGCUUCUGCCCGGCACCUCCUCCUCCCGAGCAGAUGUCUUGUGAAAUUCCCUGCCGAAUGGAUUGUGUGGUGAGCGAGUGGAUGGAGUGGUCAUCCUGUUCCCAGUCCUGUUCAAAUAAAAACUCAGUUGGGAAACAGACCAGGUCCAGGGUUAUCCUGGCAUUGGCUGGAGAAGGUGGAAAGCCAUGUCCCCCAAAUCAGGCCCUCCAAGAGUAUCGUUUAUGUAAUGACCAUUCCUGUAUGCAACUCUCCUGGGAGACUUCGCCUUGGGGUCCCUGUUCUGAAGACACACUGGUAACUGCCCUUAAUGCAACCAUUGGCUGGAAUGGAGAAGCAAGGUGUGGUGUGGGCAUUCAGACGCGGAGGGUCUUCUGUGUCAAAAGUCACGUGGGACAAGUGAUGACUAAAAGAUGUCCAGAGUCUACUCGGCCGGAAACAGUGCGCCCUUGUCUCCUCCCGUGCAAAAAAGACUGCCUAGUGACAGCUUUCAGCGAGUGGACACCCUGCCCAGGGUUGUGCCAGCCAGGAAAUUCCACAAUUAAACAGUCUCGAUACAGAGUUAUCAUCCAAGAAGCAGCCAACGGAGGCCAAGAAUGCCCAGAUACCUUAUUUGAAGAGAGGGAGUGUGAAGAUGUUUCAUUCUGCCCCAUAUAUCGGUGGAAGCCACAGAAAUGGAGCCCUUGUGUCUUAGUGCCAGAAUCUGUCAGACAAGGAAUAAUGGGCAGCAGUGAAGCCUGUGGAAAGGGGUUACAAACAAGAGCUGUCUCAUGUGUCUCAGAUGAUAACCAGUCGGCAGAAAUGACAGAAUGCCUCAAGCAGACAAAUGGCGUGCCUCACCUUGUGCAGGAAUGCAGGGUCCCAUGUCGCGAUGACUGCUCCUUCACUGCCUGGUCCAGGUUUACACCCUGCUCAACGAACUGUGAAUCAACCCGGAGUAGACGGCGGCAGCUCACAGGGAAAAGCAGAAAGAAGGAGAAAUGCCAGGAUGCUGAGCUUCACCCUCUAGUUGAAACGGAACAGUGUCCUUGUGAUAAAUUUCUGUCCCAGCCUUAUGGAAACUGGUCAGAUUGCAUUCUUCCAGAAGGCAAAAGGGAGCCUCAGCGAGGAUUGCGGGUACAAGAAGACAGCAAAGAAUGUGGAGAAGGCAUGCGCUUUCAAGCAAUAGCCUGCUCUGAUAGAAACGGAAGACCUGUUGACCCCUCCCACUGCAGCAGCUCCGGUUAUAUUCAAGAAGAAUGUGUCAUUCCCUGCCCAUUUGACUGCAAGUUAAGCGAUUGGUCUAGUUGGGGGCCUUGCAGUUCAUCUUGUGGGAUUGGAGUGAGAAUUCGAUCCAAAUGGCUAAAAGAAAAACCUUACGGUGGAGGUCGCCCAUGUCCCAAACUGGAUCUCAAGAAUCAGGUGCAUGAGGCAGUCCCAUGUUACAGUGGGUGCAAUCAGUAUUCCUGGGUUGUAGAACAUUGGUCUCCAUGCAAAAUCAACAAUGAGCUAAGGUCCCUGCGCUGUGGAGAAGGAACACAAUCUAGGAAAAUCAGGUGUGUGAAUAUGGCAGAUAGUGAAGGAGGAGCAGUGGACAGUGGCCUGUGCAACCAGGAAGAAGUUCCCCCGGAAACCCAGUCCUGUUCUCUCCUGUGUCCUAAUGAAUGUGUUAUGUCUGACUGGGGACCAUGGAGCAAAUGCCCUCAGUCAUGCGAUCCCCACACAAUGCAAAGAAGAACCCGCCAUCUGCUGAGACCCUCGCUGAGUUCAAGGAGCUGUGCUGAAGACUCACAAGUGCGGCCCUGCCUCCUUAACGAAAAUUGCUUUCAGUUCCAGUACAAUCUAACAGAGUGGAGCAUGUGCCAGCUGAGUGAAAAUGCGACCUGUGGGCAAGGCUUCAGGACCCGCCUUCUGAGCUGUGUGCGCAGUGAUGGCAAACCAGUCAGCACGGACCAGUGUGAGCAGCAUAACUUGGAGAAGCCCCAGAGAAUGAGCAUUCACUGCCUGGUGGAAUGUGUGGUCAACUGUCAGCUCUCAGGGUGGACAGCAUGGACAGAGUGCUCACAGACUUGUGGCCAUGGAGGUCAAAUGAGCCGGACUCGAUUUAUCAUUAUGCCAACCCAAGGAGAAGGACGCCCAUGCCCCACAGAGCUUACCCAGCAGAAAACCUGCCCAGUGACCCCCUGCUACAGCUGGGUCCUUGGCAACUGGUCUGCAUGUAAAUUGGAGGGUGGAGACUGUGGGGAAGGAGUCCAGGUCCGCAGCCUCUCCUGCGUGGUCCACAACGGUUCCAUCUCGCACAGAGCUGUGCUUGUAGACGAUGCACUGUGUGGGGAAAUGUCCUAUCAGCGCAGCACCCUGCAGCAGCUGUGUUCUGUGCCUUGCCCAGGAGACUGCCACUUAACGGAGUGGUCAGAGUGGAGCAAGUGCGAGUUGACCUGCAUCGAGGGGAGAAGCUUUGAGACCAUGGGUCGCCAGUCUAGGUCAAGAACAUUUAUAAUUCAGGCUUUUGAGAACCAAGACAACUGCCCCCAACAGGUUCUAGAAACACGCCCUUGUACAGGAGGCAAAUGUUAUCACUACACAUGGAAAGCAAGUCUUUGGAACAAUAACGAGAGAACUGUAUGGUGUCAACGUUCAGAUGGCAUUAAUGUCACAGGAGGCUGCUCCCCUCAGGCGCGUCCUGCUGCUAUUCGGCAGUGUAAUCCAGCCUGCAGGAAACCUUUCUCCUACUGUACACAGGGUGGAGUCUGUGGUUGUGAAAAGGGCUAUACAGAGAUAAUGAGAUCAAAUGGUUUCCUGGAUUACUGCAUGAAAGUACCUGGCUCAGAGGAUAAAAAAGCUGAUGUUAAAAACCUUGCUGGUAAAAACAGACCUGUGAAUUCAAAAAUACAUGAUAUUUUUAAAGGAUGGUCUCUUCAACCCCUUGAUUCAGAUGGCCGAGUAAAAAUUUGGGUUUAUGGCGUUUCAGGUGUCAGUUUUCUUAUCAUGAUUUUCCUAGUAUUCACUUCCUACCUUGUUUGCAAGAAGCCAAAACCACAUCAAAGCACACCUCCCCAACAGAAACCUCUGACCUUAGCCUAUGAUGGAGACUUAGAUAUGUAACCUGAAAAAGGAAUCCAAAUGUAGACAUCAACUGCCUUAACCACUUUCUUUUGUAGCUCUCAGACUUCUCAGUUUUUUGAGGAAUCUCGUGAUGUGAUAUACUGGGCAGAAUACAAAUACUGCAGAAGUAAUUUUGCCUCAGCUUCAUUUGAACAUGAAGUCAAAGAUCAUUAAGUCUGCCAUUUUGUUUUUGAAUUGUUUGUGGGUGUGUUUUGGGUUUUUUUUUUUUUUUUUUGUUUUCCCAAGGGACCUGGAAAACUUUCUCUUCCUGUUUGGAAAUGGGAGGAAGAAAACACAAUGGAAUUCCCGCAGACUUGAGUAAACUUUAUCUUCAGCAGCAUGAUGACAAUCUAGAGGAAAGUCCAAUCAAGGCAUUUACUGUAAAUGAUGAAUCUGACAUUGCAUUUUUAUGCACUAUAUUAGUGCAAGUCUUUAUUCUUCCCAUACUUCAAUACUGAUUCUAAAGUUUACAUUGGUUCAAAGAUUUUCAAAUUGGACUGCCUAUUUUCAUGAACACAGAGAGAGUGGGUUACCAUUUAAGAAAUUCUCUGAGUUUUUACCUUUAAAUAUUGUAUUUUGUUUUGUAGACAGGAUGAUGGCACUUCAUGGAUUGUAUUUAUUGACAAAAAUAGUGUGCAUAAUUGUUGGACUAGAUGAGAGCUAGGUGGUUUCUGAAUGAAAUGUAUAUUGAAUGUUAGGAGUGUACAAAUGGUUAUGUUGGAGAAUGAGGUAGAUUAUUUGAUUAUUAAAACUGUAUUUUAACUAAAACUUAGCCAUGUAGAUAUAGCACUAACCACACUCAGUUUUAAUUCAGUUUAAUGAUGACAAACUCUGCUUUUGUAAUUUCAAUUUUCUUAUCUGAAUAUUUAUAAAUUCUUUUUUUGAAAUUAAUUAUCUGACCUCAUUUAAUAUACAUCAAACACUGAUCCUGUUUGUAGAAAGUCUUGAUUUUAUAAGGUUUCAGUAAUAUCUAAAACAACACUUUAAAAGCUGAGACUGUUCUAUGAAGAUAAUUGUUUGUAGUCAUAGGUGUUGAAAGUAAGAAGGUGCCAUCUUAUGGUAUUGACUUGUAUUUAUAACAAAUAAAGUGCUCA